AAGAAGCAUGUGUGUCCGAUUUGCAAGAAACGGUUCACUCGACCUUCAAGCUUGACGACGCAUAUCUACAGUCAUACGGGUGAGAAGCCAUUUGUGUGUGAGGUGCCGGGUUGUGGACGGCAUUUCAGUGUCAUUUCAAACUUGAGGCGACACAAAAAGAUCCAUCAG